AUGUUUCGUAUAUGCAACAUGCGGCGUGUUGUUAUUGUUGGAAGACACAGACACCUGAAACUCAGUACAAGUACGAGGAAGAGAGAGAGCAUAACCAACAACAGUUCAAACGUGAAAGACCCCGACAUCCUUAAAUGGAACAAAACUAUUUCUACUUACAUGCGCAAUGGCAACUGUGACUCUGCUCUACAUGUCUUCAACACCAUGCCUCGUCGAAGCUCUGUCUCCUACAAUGCCAUGAUAUCUGGUUACUUGAGGAACUCCAAGUUUAACCUUGCGCGGGAGCUGUUUGAUCAAAUGCCUGAAAGAGACUUGUUUUCAUGGAAUGUAAUGCUUACUGGCUAUGUUAGAAACCGCAGACUCGGUGAUGCCCGUAGAUUGUUUGAUUUAAUGCCUGACAAGGAUGUUGUUUCCUGGAAUUCUUUGUUGUCUGGGUAUGCUCAGAAUGGGUAUGUUGAUGAGGCAAGGGAGGUUUUUGAUAAUAUGCCUGAGAAAAAUUCCAUCUCUUGGAAUGGUCUGCUUGCUGCUUAUGUUCAUAAUGGCAGAAUGGAGGAGGCUUGUCGGUUGUUUGAGUCCAAAUCGGAUUGGGAAUUGAUUUCUUGGAACUGUUUGAUGGGUGGGUUUGUUAGAAGAAAGAAGAUAGGUGAUGCUAGGCGACUUUUUGACAAAAUGCCUUUUAGGGAUGCAAUUACCUGGAAUACUAUGAUUUCUGGCUAUGCCCAGGUUGGAGAUUUGUCGCAGGCUAGACGAUUGUUUGAUGAAUCUCCAUCACGAGACGUGUUCACGUGGACGGCUAUGGUGUCUGGGUAUGUGCAGAAUGGAAUGCUUGAUGAAGCUAGAAUAUUUUUUGAUGAUAUGCCUCAGAAAAAUGAAGUUUCAUACAAUGCGAUGAUUGCUGGUUAUGUGCAAUCCAAGAAAAUGGAUAUUGCUAGGGAGUUGUUUGAGGCUAUGCCUUGUCGGAAUAUAAGUUCGUGGAAUACUAUGAUUACAGGCUACUGUCAGAAUGGAGACAUUGCUCAGGCUAGAAAAUUGUUUGAUAUGAUGCCUCAGCGUGACUGUGUAUCUUGGGCGGCUAUUAUUGCUGGUUAUGCUCAAAGCGGGCACUAUGAAGAGGCGCUGAACAUGUUUGUAGAGAUAAAACGAGAUGGAGAAAGUUUAAAUAGGGCUACAUUUGGUUGUGCUUUGAGCACGUGUGCUGAUCUUGCUGCGUUGGAGUUGGGGAAACAAAUUCAUGGGCAGGCGGUGAAGACGGGGUAUGAAACUGGGUGUUUUGUGGGGAAUGCGCUUCUUGCAAUGUAUUUUAAAUGUGGCAGCAUAGACGAAGCUAAUGAUGCUUUUGAAGGAAUAGAGGAGAAAGAUGUCGUCUCUUGGAACACGAUGUUAGCUGGUUAUGCCAGACAUGGAUUUGGCAGACAAGCUUUAAUGAUAUUUGAGUCAAUGAAGACGGCAGGUGUUAAGCCUGACGAGGUUACCAUGGUUGGUGUUCUCUCUGCCUGUAGUCAUACUGGCUUGCUAGACAGGGGAACUGAAUACUUCUAUUCGAUGAAUAAAGAUUACGGUGUAACACCAACUUCAAAACAUUAUACUUGCAUGAUUGAUCUUCUCGGAAGAGCGGGCCGCUUGGAGGAAGCACAGGACUUAAUGAGAAACAUGCCUUUUGAGCCAGGUGCUGCUUCAUGGGGAGCUCUACUUGGUGCAAGCCGGAUUCACGGCAAUACUGAACUGGGGGAGAAGGCUGCUGAGAUGGUUUUUAAGAUGGAGCCUCAGAACUCGGGAAUGUAUGUCCUUCUUUCAAAUCUAUAUGCAGCUUCAGGCAGAUGGGUAGAUGCUGAUAAUAUGAGGUUGAAGAUGAGGAAUGUUGGUGUACAGAAAGUACCUGGCUAUAGUUGGGUUGAGGUGCAAAACAAGAUUCAUACGUUUUCAGUUGGGGAUUGUUUCCAUCCAGAGAAAGAGAGAAUAUAUGGUUUCUUAGAAGAGCUGGAUCUAAAAAUGAGGGAAGAGGGAUAUGUUUCUUCAACAAAAUUGGUUCUGCAUGAUGUGGAAGAGGAAGAGAAGGAGCAUAUGCUCAAGUAUCACAGUGAAAAGUUAGCUGUAGCAUUCGGAAUUCUAACCAUACCAGCUGGCAGACCAAUACGUGUCAUGAAAAACUUGCGUGUGUGUGAAGACUGUCAUAGUGCCAUCAAGCACAUAUCCAAAAUUGUUGGAAGGUUGAUAAUCUUAAGAGAUUCUCACCGCUUUCACCACUUCAACGAGGGUAUUUGUUCUUGUGGAGAUUAUUGGUAA